AUGUGUGUUUAAUAAAUGAGAAAUCUAACCAAUCAAUUAUUGUAAGAUUUCAUAUAAAAAAUACAUUUAGAUUAAAGUCAGUGUUAUGAUAAAUAUGACAAUUUAUUCAUUGAUCAAUUGGAUCAAUUCUUGAAUUACUUUUAAUUUAAAUAGAAUGAUCCAAAUUCAAUAGGAUAUUUAUGUCUGUAGUAGCUUAUAAAAUUAAUAUGA